AUGGCCUGGAAAUCAACAAAGCGAGAAGAAACAACAGGAUUCACGUUGUGUGUCUCACCGACUUCUCGAUCAUAUCUGUCGACGGGUUCGGGCACCUCGACGGAUCCCCUUUUGGCCCCUUUAAAGCAAGAAACGACCGUGACUCCAGCGCGAAGUGUCUCCGAAACGAUCAACGAUCACUCAACUCCGAAUUCCUCUCCAUCAUUGUCAUCAAUCAGAUGUGAUCCGUCGAAAGAGGGACGGUUCACCGAUUAUCAUCACAUCGAUACACAUAUGUGUCCCGCGAAAGGACAACAAAAGACUGAGAACGGAGACGAGAAUGAGUCGGCCGUCAACGAGCGACUUCUCGACAAAACGAAUCGGCGAUCAAAUGGAAAAUGUCUUCGAUGGAUUUUCUCCUUUUUAUGUUUCAUCAUUUUUCUCUCAAUCACAGCUGCAAUCACCUUCCUCAUCUAUUAUUUCUUUGUGCCGAAAACUUGCACAAGUAUUGGAUGUGUCUCGGCGACGGCUCUCCUCUACGAGAAAAUGGAUCCGACCGUCAGUCCAUGCGACGAUUUCUACAAAUACGCUUGUUCACGAUGGAUCAACACGACGAUUUCCCGAUUGCCAUUGGGCAAUCAAUGGCAUUCCAUUGCCGAGACUGGCAUUCAUUCACAUCAAACACUUGGAAGCACCAUCAAUAAAAUCCGCACCCGGGAGCUCUCAAUCGAGUUGUCCGAGGGAGAGAACGAGGUUGUGCGAAUGUUCAGCGAGUGUAUGGACACAGAUACACUCGAGAAGAAAGGACUCACACAAUGGGCACAACUCAUUCAGUCGAUUGGUGGAUGGCGAUUGAGUGAAGUGAUCCCGCAUUCAUCCCAUUCAUCCCAUCCAUCCCAUUCUUCUCAUUCUUCUUCAUUAUCGGGUCUUUCUUCAUCUCCAAAUCUCUUCGAAGAUCUCAUCCUUCAAGCUUACGGUUUUGCAACGUUCCCAAUUUUUUGGAUUGGCGUUGAUGUGAAUUAUUUGAACUCUCGGGAAUAUAUUAUUACGAUCGACGAACAAGUCCCGAUUCUGAUUUAUGGUCUUUUGUACAAGACAAACGAAAAAGAAUUGACGGCCGAGGAUAUUGUGACGGGGAAAAUUGAGCAAGAAAUGAAUAUCCUCUUUCAAACGGGUCUCCAAAUGGCCACCUACGCUGAUUUGGACAGCACAGAUGUCACUGUGCGGGAAAGUAUUGCGAGAGCGAUGGAACUCGAGUGGAAUCUCGUCCGAAUCUCUACUGUGCAUGAAGGUAAAGGAAAAGAUCACGAAAAGUACAAUCUCACUGAUUUGGCCGAACUCAAGCGGAGAGUUCCAGCGUUUGAUUGGGAGUACUUUUUGGAGAGAUUACUCGGGAAAUCGAUCUCAAGAACACAACCGAUUGCGAUCAAGGCGGGCACCCAUUGGCUUUCCCAACUUUCUCGGAUACUCGAUGUUUACACGCAAACGCCGAAAGAAUUGAAAGUGAUCGAGGAUUACAUAAAAUGGAGAAUAUUGAUGGUCACAAUGUCGUACACAAUGCCCAGAUAUCAAAGUCCCGCCAAUUUUGGAUUUGAGUUGAUUCGUCAAUUCUACGUCGGUCAGACAUCGAUGCGUGAAGAGUUUUGUCUGGCGAGGUUAGCGGGGCAUUUCCCCCUCUCCACGGCUGCUUUAAUGCGACGAAAUGCGCCCGAUGACGCAGAAAAGAACAAGGAAAAGCUGAAGGAAUUGUUCGCAUCCGUGCAGAGAACUUAUCGGGAAAUCAUCGAGAAAUCUGCAAUUCUCGACGAGCAAACAAAGGAGCAUAUCCUCAACAAGCUUUCCAACAUCACAUUUAUGGCCUCAUUUCCGGACGAAGUGCACAAUGUGGCUGCUUUGAAUGCCGAAUUUGAUCAUUUCCGAUCUUCUGACGAUGAGGAGAAAAGUGAUGACUUUUUUUGGACAAUGGUCAGAGCAUCGGCAAGGAAAUAUCGAAGGGAUUUGACGAGACUCGGGAAACUAAUCCCCUCAACUCAAUGGUUAGAUAACACGAACAGCGUCACACUGAACGCUGUGCACAAUUUCGAGAGAAAUAUUGUCGUUUAUCCGAUGGCAUUAAUUGGGAAACAUUUCCUCGAUCACACUAAUCCUGGAUUCAUCAAUUAUGCAGGAGCUGCUUUUUUUAUCGGUCACGAGAUUGGACACGCUUUUGAUAUUCAAGGGCGUCAUUAUGGUGUGACGGGGAAUCUCGGUGUUUAUUGGUCAGAAGCAUCAUCAAAUGGAUAUGACGAGAAUGGGAAAUGUUUCAUUGAUCAAUACGCAAAAUUGAAAGGAGGACAGAAAAAUGAUUUUAUUCACUCAAAAGUGACACUUUAUGAGAAUCUCGCGGAUAAUCUUGGUUUGCAAGCUGCUUGGCUGGCAUUCAAAAGAGAGAACGAUUUGAAAGGGAAACGAUUACCGGGUUUCGAAUUAACAAGCGAGCAAGCGUUCUUCGUGAAAUAUGCUCAAAAUUGGUGUUCGAUUGUGGAUCCACAAGGGGGAGUCCACGCAAAAGAACAGUACAGAGUGAUCGGCGCACUGCAAAAUGUGGCUGAUUUCGCCGAGGCUUUCUCUUGUCCGACGACAUCGACAAUGAACCCAACAAAGCGGUGUUUUGUUUUG